AUGUCGAAGCCCGUCCUCCCCCAGAAUGACAACGUCGCCCACGCCCUCGCCGGCGCUGGCGGCGGUCUCCUGUCCAUGGCUCUGACCUACCCCCUCAUCACUCUUUCGACCCGCGCCCAGGUCGAGUCCAAACGCGCCGAGUCUCGCUUCAUCGACGCCGUGCAGAACAUCAUCGCGCGCGAGGGUGUCUCGGGCCUCUACUCGGGCCUCAACUCGGGCCCUCUUCGGCAUCAGCGUCACCAACUUUGUCUACUACUACUGAAGGCCACCGCCUCCCGCCCCGGCCGCGUCGCCGGCAAGCUCACGACCGUCGAGUCCAUGCUCGCCGGCGCCCUCGCCGGUAGCGCCACCGUCAUCAUCACGAACCCCAUCUGGGUCGUCAACACGCGCGUCACCACCCGCGGUCGCGCUCAGGAGGAGAAGGUCAAGGAGGGCGACGAGGAGGCCCAGGUGGAGAAGAAGAAGAAGGCCAAGGCCCCCAGCACCCUCGGCGUGCUCCUGGCCCUCCUCAAGUACGAGGGACCCCAGGCCCUGUUCGCGGGCGUCAUCCCCGCCCUGGUCCUCGUCAUCAACCCUAUCCUUCAGUACACGCUCUUUGAGCAGAUGAAGAACUCGGUCGAGAAGAAGAGGCGCGUGACGCCCACUAUUGCCUUCUUCCUCGGCGCCCUGGGCAAGCUCUUUGCCACAUCCGUGACGUACCCCUACAUCACGGUCAAGAGCCAGAUGCACGUUGCCGCCCACGGCGAGAAGAAGGAGGGCGUCUUCCAGGCGAUCAACCGCGUCGUCAAGGAGGAGGGAUACAAGGGUCUCUACAAGGGCAUCGGCCCCAAGGUGACCCAGAGCGUCCUGACGGCUGCUCUUCUCUUCGCCUUCAAGGAUGUGCUCUACGAGCAGACUGUCAAGCUUCGCCUUGCCGCUGCCAAGAAGCGUGCUUGA